AUGUCUGACAACGGAGAACUGGAAGACAAGCCGCCAGCUCCUCCUGUCCGGAUGAGCAGUACUAUCUUUAGUUCAGGGGGCAAAGACCAGUUGUCUGCCAACCACAGCUUGAAACCCCUGCCCUCUGUACCAGAAGAGAGAAAACCUAGGAAUAAAAUCAUCUCCAUAUUCUCUAGCACUGAAAAAGGAAGCAAGAAGAAGGAAAAGGAAAGGCCAGAAAUUUCCCCACCAUCAGAUUUUGAGCAUACCAUCCAUGUCGGCUUUGAUGCUGUUACGGGAGAGUUCACUGGAAUGCCAGAGCAAUGGGCUCGGUUGCUUCAGACCUCAAAUAUCACGAAGCUAGAACAGAAGAAAAACCCCCAGGCGGUACUAGAUGUGCUGAAAUUCUACGACUCCAAAGACACAGCAAAACAGAAGUAUCUGAGUUUUUCUGCUCCAGGUGAGAUCCAAGUGUGUGCAAGACAUAUUGAAGAGGAGUUGGGUAUUUGGAACACAACCAAUGCCAAAGGUUCAGAACCAUCAACAGCUGUGGCAGAUGAUGAUGAGGAUGAUGAAGAAGCUCCUCCUCCUGUUAUUGCUCCACGGCCAGAUCAUACAAAAUCGAUUUAUACACGGUCUGUAAUUGACCCCAUCCCUGCACCAGCCAGUGACACAUCUGUUGACAGUGCAACGAAAUCAGGUGAUAAGCAGAAAAAGAAGACCAAAAUGUCAGAUGAAGAGAUCAUGGAAAAACUACGCACUAUUGUGAGCAUAGGAGAUCCCAAGAAAAAAUACACCAGAUAUGAAAAAAUCGGGCAGGGGGCUUCAGGUACAGUUUUCACAGCUAUUGAUGUGGCAACGGGGCAGGAGGUUGCUAUUAAACAGAUAAAUCUGCAGAAACAGCCCAAGAAGGAGUUGAUUAUUAAUGAGAUCUUGGUAAUGAAGGAGCUAAAGAACCCCAACAUAGUCAACUUCCUGGACAGUUACCUUGUAGGAGAUGAAUUGUUUGUGGUGAUGGAGUAUCUAGCUGGAGGCUCACUAACAGAUGUGGUCACAGAAACUUGUAUGGAUGAAGCACAGAUUGCUGCUGUUUGCAGAGAGUGCUUGCAAGCGCUUGAGUUCCUACAUGCCAACCAGGUCAUCCACAGAGACAUUAAGAGUGACAACGUGCUGUUAGGAAUGGAUGGAUCGGUUAAACUAACCGACUUUGGUUUCUGUGCUCAGAUCACCCCAGAGCAGAGCAAGCGCAGCACUAUGGUUGGAACUCCUUACUGGAUGGCUCCUGAAGUGGUCACACGGAAAGCAUACGGCCCUAAAGUGGAUAUCUGGUCUCUGGGCAUCAUGGCUAUUGAGAUGGUGGAAGGAGAACCCCCAUACCUCAACGAAAACCCCCUGAGGGCUUUAUAUUUGAUAGCAACUAAUGGCACACCAGAGCUGCAGAACCCCGAGAAACUGUCCCCAAUAUUCCGAGAUUUCUUGAACCGAUGUUUGGAGAUGGAUGUAGAGAAAAGAGGAUCAGCCAAAGAAUUGCUACAGCAUCCCUUCUUGAAACUGGCCAAACCUCUGUCUAGCUUGACGCCACUGAUCUUGGCAGCCAAAGAAGCAAUGAAGAGUAACCGCUAACAUUACUGCCACAGCCU